AUGGAACGUGAAAUGAACAGACUCAAGGAUUAUGUAGUUCGUCUUGAAUACCGUGUAAAUUCACAAAGUAACCAAAUAGUUGAUCUCAAGGCAAGGUCAAUGGAGAAUAACAUCAUUGUUAGUGGUCUGCAGGAAAAAGGCCCCAAGAAGGAAGACACGAAGAACCUUGCGCAAAUUCUAAGAAAUGUAUUCAUAUCAGAGAUGAACAUGGGGGAGACAGCAGUUGAUGAAUUACAAAUACAGAAACUCUUCCGAAUGGGAGAAUACGAUGCUCAACGAAAAUUUCCGAGACCAAGGAGAUACGGAACGACGAAACAGCUGUAUGAAGUUCAAAGAAAAUAUGCAGAACGAAAUAUCGAGACGAAAAUGAAGGGGGACAGGCUUAUCUUUACCCAGAGUAAUUCAAUCUACAGAGAGAAAGUAGGAUCUCUUCCAAACGGCAGAUGA